UACUAUCAGGAGUUGACUGUAGUAGACUAGAGUCUGUUCUCUACUGGAUGAGUUUUCGAGUAGAAAACUUCUUCAUCCAAUGAUCUCAAGUAAGCUCGACUAUACUGACUCUACAAGAAGGAUUGUGCUGAAAUAUACAGAAGAGAGGAGACCUUUGGGGACAGUUUUCUCACUGUAAGAUAUUAGUGUGUACAGUCUAAUCAGGAAGGAAAAAAACACAUUCAAGCAACAAGACAAUGCAUGAAGGCUGUGUGAUUUCGCAAGGAGAAAAAAAAUAACUCUGCUGCAAUCUAAAAAACAUGAGCCACAGAUGACUUUUCAAACAGCAAAUCCAAGUAUGGAGACACAUCCUAUCACAAGGGCAGGACAGACUGCGUCUGACCUCCUGGAGGACUCUGGGAAUUGUAGGCAGAUCAUUAACCCGGAGCUUCUCAGUGACUCUCUCUUCAGUGAGCAGCAGAAGCUGAGGCGUGUGUUGGACUGGGCUCACACUUUCCUCAGCAGUGGGUCAGAGGUUCACCAUGAAUUCUGCAGAGCUGACAGCUUGAUAUUGGCCAAUAACGAGCAGACGGAAACUCAGAAAAACUCACCUGCAUAUAAGCAGUCAUCUGUAGCUAAAUACCAACAUCCUGUCUCCUGUACUGCAGGUGGUAGUGGGGUAUUUGGUUUGGAGAAGGUUUGGCAACUUGAACCAUCAAAUUAUGUGAACAGUGAAUCAAAAAAUGACCUCUGUGCAUAUAAACCUCCUUUUCCAGAUGAUCCCUGCAUCCCCUUCUCCUGUACCCCAGGAAGAGAUGAGGUAACUCAGCCUGAUGACAGAGAAACUCCUGAAAAUGUGACAAGCAUGGAGCUACUGGAUGCCACCAAUAAACAAACUUGUAGCCAAGACAACAACUGCAGAACAAGCAGUCUGUUCAUAUCGAAUCAAAGACAAUGCACCAACUUAUCAGACAGAAACACAAAUCAAAUGCUCGCAUCAGAUGGUGUAAAAUGCUUGAUCAAAGAAUCCACAUCAUGCUGGAGCGAUACCCGUCACAAGAUGAGCACAAUGUUGAAACUGAGUUAUAAAACAGCUCAGUCAGAAAGUGACAUAUCAGGUCAUGAGAUGGAGCUGAGCAGAGUAAAGGCUGAGGAGGGGAAGGUGGGAUCAAGGAAGGAAGUUGUUAAGGAGAAAACAGAGGAUGCUAGGAUGGGCGAAAGGAAGGGAAGGGUAAAUGAAGAACAAGAAUAUAGCUCAGAGUUUGCAGUGUUUGCAAAGAAUAACAUAAGCAACGGUGCGCCUGAGGGGACACAGGAACAGAUAGAAAAGACUUCAAACCUCAGUUUUAACUGUCAUUUGAAAAUACCACCAACUUCAACUGUAUAUGAGCAGUACCAGCUUUGUGUGGAUCAAUUGCAUCACCUCAGAGUAAGUCAAAGCCAACAUAUCGGAUGCUUAAUAGAGUCACCUGCAAAAGAGAGAAUGACAUCUGAAGAAAUUGCAGCAGCUGUUGAAGCACCAGCCCUGCCUACAUCUGGCUUUGAGUUUAACUCUACCACAAAUCCUGAGAUUAAAAAACGUCUUAAUAAAGUAGGAAGCAAAAGGGUUACAGCUGCAGAAAGAGAUGUCAUUAAUAAAAACCAGGACAGAUCUAAAUACAAUAGAAAUAGGGCAACACUUCCUGAACAUGGACAGACCAAACAUUGUGUUGAGAGUAGAUCUGUUUGUCAGAGAAACACAGUUACCAGCGACACACAUUUGGAUCUUGAUUUCAACAAAUGUGGUGAAUUUAUAAAGGGAACUGCAGGAGGCAUAACUUCAACAUAUAAGGUUAUUAACACACCUAUGGAGCACCUGAGGAAGGCACCUGGUGAAAAUGUUCCCACUGUGGAGGAGAGUGCUGCACUCACUACUAACCCAGGUUUGCUUCCAAAGAGAAUCAGACAUAAUCCAGGUGCAAAGGGUUGUCGGAGUGGUGUCAAAGGUCAAAAGAAAAAAGUAUCAUUGAGACUCUGUGAAAAGUCAAGUGUCUCCCUGUCUUCUCCAACCAAUAAAGAAAUAUUGCAAAGACCUCAGUCAUCAGGUGUAAUCGAACACACAAAAAGACACACACCAGAGGACAAAGUGAAACCUACUUUAGCCUAUAGAGUUACAGCCAAAUGUCUGCCACGUACAGAGACACACACACCUCUUCAUGAUGACCCCAGACCAACGUCACCAGCCUCAAGUGCAUGUCAAUGUGAACAAACUGACUGCAAACACAGCCCAGCAGGUGUCCCUGUAUUUGACUGCUGGCUGUGUCUGCCUGAUGAGGUGUGGCUGUCCAUCCUGUCUCUGCUGCCUCACAGUGAUCUGUGCAGAGUGGUGCAGGUCUGCAGCCGCCUGCACACACUGGCCACUGAUCACACACUCUGGAAAAAUCUGAGGAUUGAAAACUCCAACCUGACGGAGCGGUGGUUACUUUGUGUGGGCCGACGUCAUCCUCGCAGUCUGUGUCUGUACAGCUGCAGUGGCGUGUCUCUCACCUCCUGGUGGCUGGAGGUGUUUUUCACUCUGUGUAGAAACUUUCUAGAGGAAGUCAAGGUCACAAGUUGUACUGGUCCGGGUCUCCAUGGUGACCAGAUGCUGCCUCUGAUUGGUCAACUGUGUCAUCAUGUGAUCAGUGUGGAUGUGAGCUGGAGUGGAGCAACAGAUACAGGAGUGAAAGCUCUGAGUGACUGCUGCGCAAGAUUACGACUUAAAUCUGUUGUGCUGAACGGCUGUCAUGUCACUGAUGACCCACUGAUGAAACUUGUCAUGAGACACAAAGAAAGUCUGUGCAGGUUGGAGGUGUUUGGCUGUCAGUUCCUCACUCCAUCCUGUCUACAGAGAGUAUAUGAGAUGUGUCCUGGCCUUCAGCAUCUUAACAUCGGACAGGUGCCAAAAGUCAACGCACGUAGUCUCACAGUGAUGACGUCACAGCUCAAAUGUCUCAUUUCACUAAAUCUCACUGGACUACAGGCAGUCACUGAUGCCUCAGUGGACACUUUGCUUCAGAACUGUGUUGAACUUCAGAGAUUGACCUUCAGUUCCUGUCCUGGAGUCACUGACCUGACACUGCACAGCAUCAGCAAAUACACACCUUGUAUCAGAUCCCUGGAUGUGAGUGGCUGUAAGGCAGUAACAGAUGCAGGAGUUCAGUCUCUGGCUCUGGGAUGUAUAAGACUUCAGCAGCUGGAUCUCAGCUCCACUGGCACAGGAAACAGAGGGGUUUCUCUGCUGGCAAAUUACUGCAGCAGACACCUCCAUACUGUCAAACUCAGUUUCUGCCACAUCACCUUAGAGAAUAUACUGAAGCUCUGCAGACACUGCAAGAGGUUGAAGAUGCUCCAUCUCUAUGGCUGUGCCCAUCUCCCCACUGAGAGAGAGAUCAGAGAAGCUAACACUACUGUUAAAGUUUACCCUCUGUCCUGACUCACACACAAACAUCUGCACACAACUGGACAGCCAUACAAGACAUAUCGAAGAGCAAAAUUUUACUAGUAAUAGUAGAUCAUCUUGAAAAGAAUCUACAUAUCGUAACAUUUUUACCUUUAUUACAUUUAUUCUUGUGAUAUUACAAUAAUGGGCUGAAUGAGGUCCAUUAAGUCUCAAGGAGGAUUAUGACUUAAUGUUCAGAAAUGAAUUAAAUGCUUUUGAAUAUC